AUGGACAAAGAAGAAGCACGUAGAAUACUAGGAGUAGGCAAAAAUGCUACCCAAGAAGAAAUCAAAAAAGCCCGUAAUGAAUUAGCUUUGAAACAUCAUACCGAUAAAGGAGAAAAUGCUUUGAAUUAUAAUAAUGUGGGGAAAGAGGAAAUGGAGGAUGAGACAGUAAAACACUAUGAAGAAAAACUCCGUCAGUGUAAAACCAAGGAAGAUUUAGAAAAAUUUACCUCCGAAGUAGUUUUUUUCAUUCAAAUUUAUGCUCGGGCUCGGGAUGCUGGUUUUUUUGACAAGAAAGGGGGAGAACAGCCCAGCCAAGCCCCCAAACCAGCACCUGCAACCGAAACAAGAAGCGAUACUUAUUCCGACACUAGUUCCAAAAAAUAUUCUAAAUUUACCUGUGAUUACUGUAAAUAUAAAGUAGAAAGCGAUGACCCACGCCCGAAAUAUACCUUCACAGGAAGAAAUGAGGCAUUUUGUUCAGAAAGUUGUCGGAGACUUUGA